ACCACAAGAUGUCGCCCUUUCUCCCGCGAUGGCUGAAACAACCUUAGUUUGUCCUGCUGCGCCUACCGUAGUUGUAGUAAAAAAAACAUGGCGUCCGACAGUGACAGCGACCAGGAUUUUGUGAGCUACGGGACUCCUUUGGAGCCUUUGGAAGAAGACGAGCCGCUGAAGAAGCCGGUCCCGCUCCACGAGCAGACGGUGAAGGACGAGAAGGGCCGAUACCAGAGGUUCCACGGGGCGUUCACCGGAGGCUUUUCCGCUGGUUACUUCAACACUGUGGGCACUAAAGAAGGCUGGGCCCCGUCCACCUUUGUGUCGUCACGGCAACAGAAAGCGGACAAACGUCAUGUCAGACCGGAAGACUUCAUGGACGAGGAGGACUUCGGCGAGCACGGCAUCGCCCCCAGAGAGAUCUCCACCAGUCGGGAGUUCUCGUCCAGCCGCAGAGACGAGGCCAGAGAGAAGGCGCGGGCCGUCGGCGCUCAGGCGGCGCUGAUCCCCGGAGACACUCUGCUGGAGGAGCUGAUCGCACCUUCCAGGUCGUCCAUCGGGGUGGAGCUGCUGAGGAGGAUGGGCUGGAAGGAAGGUCAGGGUGUGGGGCCUCGAGUCAAGAGGAAAGCUCGCCGACAGCAGACGGAUGCAGGUAGCAGAGUUUACAGCUGUGUGCUGCCCCCUGCUGGAUCAGAGGACUCAGAGGACGAUGACGAGUUUGCUCCAGAGAACGUGACCUUUGCCCCGAAGGACGUCACUCCGGUGGACUUCAACCCCAGGCUGGGGGUUCAGGGUCUGGGGUACCGCGGUCUGGACCCGGGCCUGGCUCUGCUGGGCCGAGGAGCACCCGAACACAUCGACCUGUUCAAGCCGCAGUCUGAGACGAGGAGUCGGCUGUUCGGAGACGCGCAGAGAGGCUCGCGGAGAGGAGGCGUGGCCGGACAGGCGUUCGGGGUGGGGGCCCUGGAGGAGGAGGAUGAGGACGUUUACCACAGAGACUCCAUGUCCAGAUACGACACAGUGCUGGGAGGAGAGGAGCCUGGAGACGGCCUGUAUGGCUGGACGGCUCCACAGCAGUACACCAAGAAAAGAGACAAAAGCAAAGAUGCGUCGUACCUCGGAAAAAUCCUGGAGGGCUUCACUCUGGCCCAAAAACCAGCCGAGGAGAAAACCAUCUUCCCUCCCCCCUCUCUGCCCGGCGACUAUCGUCCCGUCCAUCGUUUCCGUCCGUCGGUCGACGUUUCGGGUCUCUCCGGGGUCAGUCCCGCACUUGCAGAGGCUCUGAGGGCCUCCAGGGGCCACAUGGUCAAAGAGGAGCCCCGACAAGGAGGACGCCACCAGCUGGACUCCGGCCAGAGGAGGGCGCUGCUGGGAGAAGACGCCCUGCAAGGUCCCAGUUCAGUCAUGGAGCUGCUGAAGCCUGAAGACAGAGAGCGACUGCUCAACCUCCGCAACUCCUCCAACGCGCCCUCCACUAAAACCACCACCCCGGCCUCCAGCGACGCCUCGCGGCCGGCGGGGACGUUGGCGGGGACGUUGGCGGGGACGGCGGUGGGGACGGCGUCUGCGGAUGGUGCGGCCUCCUCCGGCCUCCAGCAGGAGGCUCUGGCAGCGUGGAGAGGCAUCCAGACCUCCACACAGACCUUCAGACCGUUUGAAAAGAACCCCAGCAAACAGGCGCGCUACGAGCUGUACCUGAACCGCCUGAAACAGGGAGACAAAGACGCCCUGGAGCAGAGUCUGGACCCGGGGGUGACGGAGUGGGAGCGCAGCAGGGAGAGGGACGAGUUUGUCCGAGCCUCCAUCCUGUACCGACCCACCUCCUCCUCGCUCUCCUCCCGCUUCACCAGCGCCAAACAGCAGGAGGACGACGACAGCGUGGAGGUCAGCCGGGACCAGGAGGGCGACGUGGACGACAAACAGGCCGCCGUGAAUAUGAAGAUGUUCGGGAAACUGACCAGAGAAACGUUUGAGUGGCAUCCUGACAAACUGCUGUGCAAGAGGUUCAACGUCCCCACCCCUACCCCGGGGUCCGGUAUGGUGGGUCUGCCCAAGGUGAAGAGAGACAGGUUCUCAGUCUUCAACUUCCUGACUGUGACGGAGAGCACGGAGACACCAGCUCCUCCAAAGCCUCCAGAGGCUGGAAAGAGGUCUCGGUGGGACGUUUCAGACCAGGAGGAGAAGAAGAAGAAUGACCCGCUGACUGAGCUGCUCAGCGCCGCACGAAACCAGACCGACACCACACUGGAACGAGCCUCCGUACGGGCUCUACCUGCCUCCACCAGCACCGACGGCCCGACUCCAGACCACAGAACGCAGGAGGCAAAGUCAGCGGAUCGGCACAGCCCAGACAAGAAGGAGGAAGAGGAGGAGGAGGAAGAGGAGGAGGAGAGCAGGCCUCCCAUGGAUCUGUUCAAGGCCAUCUUCGCGGGCUCCUCUGAUGAGGAAUCCUCCUCUUCAUCAGAGGGAGAGAGCAACGAUGAGGAGGAUGAGGUCAAAGUCGAGCCACAGCCGCUGAACCUCUUCACCGUCGCCUCCUCCUCCGUCACCUCCUCCUUCGUCGCCUCCUCCUCCUCCACCUCCGCCUCCAGCCAGCAGACAGCGGUGGUUUCGUCUCAGAGCUCGACGCGAGAAGAGGAGGAGUUCGGUCCGAAGCUGCCGCCUCCUUCGGCUCUCGUCAGAGGAGGCGCCACCUCCGUCCGCUCCCCCCGCGAGGAGGAGGAGGAGAAACCCAGCAAGAGGAGCAAAGACAAGAAACACAGGAGCAGGAAGCAGCACAAACACAAGAAGGAGAAGAAGAAGAAGAAACACAGGAAGCACAAGCACAAAGGGAAACAGCAGAAGAAGAGGCCGAAGGAGGCGUCGGACAGCAGCUCGGAGGACAGUGACGGGGAAGCUGGACACGUGUCGACAGAGGAGCUGCUGAAGAGACUGAAAAAGGUCCAGUCACAUCAGACCUGGUGAAGAAGCAGGAAGUGUCCUCUGUGAGGACGACCAAUCCGAGAAUCACAAUCAGAGUCGACCUCCGUCUUCGCUACGCUCAGUUCAUUUUACACAGCCUGUUGUUCUUGAUUCAAAUAAUAAAAUGUUUAUCAUCUAA